AUGGCCACAGGAAACCAUUCUACAGUGAUGGAGUUUAUCCUCGCAGGCCUCACAGAUCAGCCAGAGCUCCAGCUUCCUCUUUUUCUCUUUUUCCUGGGAAUCUAUGUGGUUACUGUGUUGGGGAAUCUGGGCAUGAUCUUAUUGAUUGCUAUGAGUUCUCAACUUCACUCCCCCAUGUACUAUUUCCUCAGUCAUUUAUCCUUCAUUGAUCUCUGCUACUCCUCUGUCAUUACACCUAAAAUGUUAGUGAACUUUGUGGCAGAGAAGAAUGUCAUCUCCUUUCUGGAGUGCAUGACCCAACUCUAUUUUUUCCUAAUUUUUGUCAUUGCUGAGGGUUACCUUCUGACAGCAAUGGCUUAUGAUCGUUAUGUUGCCAUUUGCAGUCCUUUGCUUUAUAAUGUUCUCAUGUCUCAAAGAAAGUGCUCUGUGAUGAUGUUGGUGGUAUAUUCCUUGGGAUUUUUUGGUGCCACAGUACAUACUAGCCGCAUGACAAUGCUCUCCUUCUGUGGAUGUCAUGUUGUGAGACAUUACUUCUGUGAUAUUCUUCCCCUGUUAAGCCUCUCCUGCUAAAGCACCCAUGUUAAUGAAGUUCUUCUUUUUAUUAUUGGGGGAGUAAACACCUUAGCCCCCACUUUGGCUGUCCUUGUUUCUUACACUUUUAUCUUGUCCAGCAUCUUACGUACCCACUCUACUGAGGGCAGGUCCAAAGCCUUUGGUACCUGCAGCUCCCACCUCAUAGCUGUGGGAAUCUUUUUUGGGUCUAUCACUUUCAUGUAUUUCAAGCCCCCUUCUAGCAACUCUAUGGAGCAAGAGAAGGUAUCCUCAGUAUUUUAUACCACAGUGAUCCCCAUGUUAAACCCUCUGAUUUAUAGUCUGAGGAAUAAGGAUGUGAAGAAUGCCAUUAGAAAGGUGUUGGAGGAAAAAAAUUAUAUGUAUGUA